ACGAAGCGGAGUCCGAAAUGUCCAACAGCUGAUAACGUCUGUGAAGUGGACUUGGGUCGACAUUAAUUAUAAAUGGUUGUAAAUUGAGGUGAUGGUAAACUCGUAGUUAAAGCAGUGAAUUUUUAAUUGACUUCAUAGUGAAAAUGGCAGUUGUCCUAACUACACAUCAACUACAAAAACUAUCUAAUCAUAAAUACAGUGCUGAAGGCAGUUCAGUUUUAGAGCCAGGGUUUCAAGUUUUUUGGCGAUGGUUGGUGGAAAAAGUACCGUUAUGGCUGGCCCCGAAUACAAUUACAAGUAUUGGUUUAGCCAUAAAUAUCCUUACAACUAUGAUAUUAGUUUUAUACAGUCCUGACGCCAAACAAGACGUUCCUGGAUGGGCGUACAUUUUAUGUGGUCUGGGAUUGUUUGCCUAUCAAUCAUUAGAUGCUAUUGAUGGUAAACAAGCUAGAAGAACUAAAACUAAUUCACCUUUAGGUGAACUCUUUGAUCAUGGCUGUGAUUCUGUUUCUACAGCAUUUGUUAUGUUGGGAAGUUGUAUUGCAUUAAAAUUAGGACAUGAGCCAAAUUGGCUUUUGUUUGAACUAGUCUCUGCUUCAUUUUUAUUUUAUUGUGCACAUUGGCAGACAUAUGUCUCUGGAACAUUGAGAUUUAGCAAAAUUGAUGUGACGGAGGGUCAAAUUGCUAUUAUUGCUAUUUAUUUCAUAACUGGUGUUUUUGGGGAGGGUAUUUGGGAAUUAGAGGUUCCACUUAUCGGAAGUUUUAAAAUGUUACCAAUUUAUGUUAGUAUUGGUGGCGCCUUGCUUCAAAUCAACAAUAAUUUCUCCAUUAUUUUUAUGAAAGGUGGAAUCGGUAGAAAUGGUUCUACUGUAGCAGGAACAAGUACAAUAUUUCCUGCAUUUCCUUUAUCAUUGGUGUUAAUAUUAGAGGUGAUAAUAUCGUAUAAAUCUCCAUCAAAUGUAUUUUAUAAUAAUCCAUGUUUGUAUGCACUUAGUUUUGGUCUGCUGGCAGCAAAAGUAACAAAUAAAUUAGUGGUGGCUCACAUGACAAAAAGUGAGAUGGAAUUAUUUGAUUUAGGUCUAAUUGGGCCUGGAAUGUUGUUUUUAAACCAAUAUUUUAAUUGUAUAAUAAGAGAAGAUAUUGUCUUGUGGCUGUGUUUUAUAUGGUGUUUGUUUGAUUUAAUAAAAUAUUCCACCAAUGUUUGUAAUGAAAUCUGCGAUUAUUUAAAUAUUUAUUGUUUUACGAUCACCAGUAAACCUCGACCUGAUAAUACAGGAAGAAAUGGAAAAAACAAAUCCAACUGAAAUCAUUCUAACCAAAAUAUAUUAUGUUAUAUAGAAUAACAAUAGUCCACACUGAUAUUUUAUACAUGAUAAUAUUGACAUGGCCAAAUUUUCAUUGGUCAUUUUACAUUACUUUAUGAGUAUUUAUUCUGGUUCUCUGAGUUUCCUGCCAUCAGGGCUGGAUUAACCAUUAAGCAAAAUAAAUACGUGCUUUGGGCAU